GCAUUAGGGCAAGAUCCAAUUGUGUUAUUAAAAACAAAACCAUGAACUGUCGACACAGUGGAAAACACCAGAUACAUCAUCCUGCGGUGUGGCCAGGAGGCGUCCAGCAGACUAGAAUACUGAUGGGUCAGGAUUUCUAAACAUGGAUUUUGAAUCUUCUUUCUACUUACCAGUCUGCCCUGGAUAGCCAAUCACACAUCAUGAGUGAUGAACUGAGUUCUUCGAAGAAGACUGGGAGAGAAGCAGAAGUCGGGAUCCUGGUGUCUCUAGGAGUCUGGCAAUCUUCACCACCUCUAAGAUGAGUAGGGUUGGGGGACUUAGGGAAUGGGGUGGAGGGUGAAAGCAGGGUGGGUGAGAAAGAGCUCUUCCCCCUCCCUCUCAGAUCCACACUUAUGCCCUAACUAACAUCCUGAAGGUCGGUUGGGCCUCAGUGCCCAAUUCUCAGCUUUGCGUAGGCGUCCCGGGCCCCUGCCCCCACCAACCACUCCUCUGCAGGCAGAAAAGCGGUCCCCACCCUUUCCACGCCCCCGCCCCACCUCUGUCCCCCUUUCUAACCCCCUCUUCUUUGCCCAGGGUGGUUUGUUCCAAGGACUACAGAUAAAUAGUCUGGUCAGAAGGCGCAGCUCAGGGUUGUGCGCGCAGAGCUGGGGCUGGGGCAUCAACUUCUGGGCCGCGCUCUGCGGGGUCGGCGGCGGGGCGUGCUCGCUCUCACCGCCCACCUCGAAUUCCGGUCUCCGCGCCUCUCGGCUCAGGUCUGCGGUCCUCCUCGGAGGUCCCGGUUCCCUCCGCCUCCGCCAAGGAGCGGAAAGCGGAGACGGCGAGGCUGGCUAGGGCGGAGGAAAGUGGACACGCGUGGGCGCGGAGAACCACCAGAUGUCCACGGGUUCGGUGAGCGACCCGGAGGAGAUGGAGCUGCGGGGGCUGCAGCGGGAGUACCCGGUCCCCGCCUCCAAGAGGCCGCCCCUCCGCGGCACGGAGCGCAGCUAUGUCUCGCCCAGUGACAACUCCUCUGCGGAGGAGGAGGACCCCGACGGCGAAGACGAGCGGUGCGCUCUGGGCGCAGCCGGCAGUGCGGGAGGCUGCAAGAGGAAACGGCCCCGCGCCGCUGGGGGCGUGGGCGCAGGUGGCGGCGCGGGCAGUGGAGGCAAGAAGCUCCUCCCGCCCAAGGGCUCGGCGGCGGAGUGCAAGCAGUCCCAGCGGAACGCGGCCAACGCCCGCGAGCGCGCCAGGAUGCGCGUGCUGAGCAAAGCUUUCUCCAGGCUCAAGACCAGCCUGCCCUGGGUGCCCCCCGACACCAAACUCUCCAAGCUGGAUACUCUCCGACUGGCUUCCAGUUACAUCGCGCACCUGCGGCAGCUGUUGCAGGAGGACCGCUACGAGAACGGCUACGUGCACCCGGUGAACCUGGGACAGCCACCCCAUCGCCUCAUAUCCUGCUUCCGGGAAAAAUCCUGUUUCCAACUAUUAUUCAGUUGCGGAUUGAAUGGCACAUCUGCCUCGCCCAGUUUCUUCCAGUUAAGAGUCUGGCAGACAUGGCCAUUCGUGGUUUCAGGACGACCCGAUUCUGACACCAAAGACGUUUCUGCAGCCAGCAGACUGUGUGGGACCACCGCUUAAAUUGGACUCAAACUCACUGAAUGGGAUUAUGCCUUAAACGCUUGUAUUUGGAGGCCACGGAGAAAAGGGAGACAGCGUGAGAUGGGAAGAAGUUUCCAUUGGAUUCUCCUUGACCCUUCCCCUUUCCCUGGAACUGUGAACACAACAGGUCAUCGCAGAGCGCUCAGGGCUACCACUGCCACUGAUCUGGAUGACAACGCUUUGCCUCUCCAGAAAGAGCCUCCUUUUACCUAGAGAGCAUGGACCAAUAUCCAACCUGAUUAGUUUCUAAGCCAGGCCAGAUUGAUCCUGUAUGUGGUGGCAUGAUUCUGUCUGGCACAGGCCUUUGGUGGUUACUGGGCGCUGGAAAAGCUUUAAAGACUGUGAGAUCUACCUUGGGGCACAGCUUUAAGUUGCAAAGAGGGGAGAAUGGCCUGAGUGAGGUUUGUAUCUUUUGGGGGAGGGACGAUGCCUGAGGGGCUGGGCAGGGUAGAGUCACACUUGGAGAGACCACCUGCUGUGGGUUUAGCCCUAGGCUUUCCUGGCGCUUUGACCUCCCACUGAGGGGGCACCCCCCCCACUGCCCCACUGCCUCUGUGUUGGGGCUCCUGUGGCCCUCCCGAGCUCCCUCUUUCUGAACAGGAGGUCAUCCACCUUCCCUUUUAGAAGGAGCCUCCCAGCCCUUCUGCCCCAACCCAGCCCUCUCCUUCAGCACCGCCCCCCACCACCACUUCCCUCUCCACCCCUAAGUACCCCCAGGUGGAUUCCAGCUUUCCCGGUCACCAUCUCCCCCCAGCCACGUUCUUUUCUGUGCAGAGGGGUUUGCAAGGUGGACAGCUGGGGCUGUUCCGAAGCAAGUGACCCAGCUAGGGAUGCUGCUGCUUGGAGGCUGUACAACCACAGGAAAUAUAUGUAAAUAAAUUUAUUUUUUUAUGAAUAAUAAAAUGCAUUGUAGAAACUGUGUCGCCCCUCCCUGGCGGGGGGGCGCAUCAAGAUGUGGUCUUUGUUGCCCUUUACUGAGAGGGUUUGGCUGGAGAAGUUAACUUUAAAGGCGCUGGUCUCCUCUCCACUAGGCAUUGGGUGAAUGAUGGUGAUCACUUUGGGAUCAUUGCAUUUCCAAAUGUUACUCGUAUUAAUCUCUAAAAUUCUGUUUUUUCAUGAGGCAAAGCAGUAAGUAGAGGCCUAAUAAAGGGCCUCAGAGUCUUUUGAAGCCACAGCUGCCAUGAGAGACAUGUACUGGUCAGGCUAAUGUAGAUGCACGUCCCUCCCUUACACAAACAUAGCACACUGACUGCCUUCUCUAGCCUAAAACACACUCUAGUGCUUACAACUGCAAGUAGUUCAAGAACUUUCUG